UUUCUUUCUUUUUUUCUUCCAGUCUCCGGUCUAGUUCACAUCCCUGCUAUCUCAGAAUUGCCCUGACAGCUUUCCGGCAGCCCCACGCAGUCAGUCCUCCGCGUGUACUGCUUUCAUAUUUGGAUUCUGUCAUGGAAAAUCAAUUGGCAAAAUCAGUCGAAGAAAGAACAUUUCAGUAUCAGGAUUCUCUUCCAUCACUCCCCGUCCCUUCACUUGAAGAAUCACUUAAAAAAUACCUGGAGUCAGUAAAGCCUUUUGCAAAUGAAGAAGAAUAUAAGAAAACUGAAGAAAUAGUUAGAAUAUUUCAAAAUGGAAUUGGAGCAAAACUGCACCAGAAAUUACUUGAAAGGGCAAAAGGAAAAAGAAACUGGCUCGAAGAGUGGUGGCUGAAUGUUGCCUACCUGGAUGUUCGUAUUCCAUCACAGCUGAAUGUCAACUUUGCCGGUCCUUCCCCCCAUUUUGAACACUUCUGGCCUCCAGAGGAAGGCACUCAUUUAGAAAGAGGAAGUCUCAUUCUUUGGCAUAACUUGAACUACUGGCAGCUUUUAAGAAAAGAAAAAGUGCCUGUUCAUAAAGUUGGAAACACUCCUCUAGAUAUGAAUCAAUUCCGAAUGCUGUUUUCAACCUGCAAGGUUCCAGGAGUCACUAGAGAUUCAAUUGUGAAUUAUUUUAGGACUGAGAGCGAAGGGCAUUGCCCGAGCCACCUUGCGGUGCUGUGUCGCGGCCGCGUUUUCGUCUUUGACGUCAUGCGUGAAGGAGGUGUGCUCACGGCUCCGGAGAUUCUCAGGCAGCUGACACACAUCCACAACAGGUGCCACAGUGAGCCCGAGGGACCUGGGGUAGCAGCGCUGACCAGCGAGGAGAGGACUCGCUGGGCCAAGGCUCGAGAAUAUUUGAUUGGUCUUGAUCCAAAGAACUUGACUUUGUUAGAAAAAAUUCAGAGCAGCUUGUUCGUAUAUUCCAUAGAGGAUAGCAGGCCACAUGUAACAUCAGAAGAUUUUUCCCAGAUCUUUACAAUACUCUUUAGCGGAGAUCCUGCAGUACGCUGGGGUGACAAGUCCUAUAAUUUGAUUUCCUUUUCUAAUGGAGUAUUUGGCUGUAAUUGUGACCAUGCUCCUUACGAUGCAAUGGUAAUGGUGAACAUCGCCCACUAUGUUGACGAGAAAAUUCUAGAGAAUGAAGGAAGGUGGAAGGGCUCAGAAAAAGUACGGGAGUUACCGCUUCCCGAGGAGCUCGUCUUCACAGUGGAUGAGAAGGUGUUAAGUGACAUCAGCCAAGCUAAAGCCCAGUAUCUCAAAGAGGCAUCUGAUCUGCAGAUUGUAUCGCGUGCCUUCACGUCAUUUGGCAAAAAGCUGACCAAGAAGAAGACACUUCAUCCCGACACGUUUGUUCAGCUUGCACUCCAGCUGGCCUAUUACAGGCUACACGGACGCCCUGGUUGCUGUUAUGAAACAGCAAUGACAAGGUACUUUUAUCAUGGCCGUACAGAGACUAUGCGACCGUGCACUGUGGAAGCAGUCAGAUGGUGCCAGUCCAUGCAGGAUCCUUCUGCCAGCCUUCCUGAACGGCAGCAAAAGAUGUUGCAGGCAUUUGCAAAGCACAAUAAAAUGAUGAAAGAAUGCUCUGCUGGAAAAGGAUUUGACCGUCACCUGUUGGGACUUUUACUCACAGCCAAAGAGGAAGGUCUUCCGACUCCAGAUCUCUACACAGACCCACUUUUUUCCCGAAGUGGAGGCGGUGGAAAUUUUAUCCUCUCGACCAGUCUGGUUGGCUAUUUACGAAUCCAGGGAGUGGUGGUGCCCAUGGUUCACAAUGGGUACGGCUUCUUCUACCACAUCCGAGACGACAGAUUUAUCGUGGCCUGUUCUGCAUGGAAAUCGUGCCCAGAGACAGAUGCAGAAAAACUGGUUGAGCUGACUUUUGAUGCAUUCCAUGAUAUAAAUCAACUGACGAACACUGCUAAUCUGUAGGACGAGCACUUGUCAGAUGCCUUCAGUGCAGGUGUUCAGGGUAGGUUGGUGAUGUGAGAUGGGAAGGAUAUUGGCUUGAUAAAGGAAACAUGUGAAAUAUAGAAAUAAAUGAAAUCAUGUUAAAUGUAUUCUGCCAUAGAAGGUAGAAAUAUUUUUAUCUUCCUGUGAUGCAGCAGCAAUGCAAAUUAUGGUAGAAUAGUGAUUAUAAAACUAUGCAAUGUUGCAGAAAAGCCACAACAAUGCAAAUCUACAGAUGUUAACAAUGUAAGUCUAACUUUGAUUUUUAAAUACUUCUGUUGGUACUUAUAAGUGCUCUGUCACUGUAGUGUCUAUAUUUCAAGCACUUUAACAUUGUCUAAUUGCCAAAGUGUAUGAAAUACAUGACUGGACAGCAAAUCCUCUGAA